UUUCUAUGGAAAUUUCAAACACGAAGCCUCAGCACCGGUUUGUUGUCCUGCAUGUAACUUCAAACCAUCAAACUAACCGCUUCUGUAUUGUUUUUCGCUUUUAAACGUGUGAAACAUGUCUAACACAACAGUCAGACAGAAGAGAACCGCUCUGAAAGUCGCCAAGUCAUCCAAAACACUGAAUGUAUCUUCUGGAGUAUUUCGUGUGAAUCAAAGCAUCACAAAGAGCAUCAACCCUUCAAUCAGUGGAAAGAGCUUCAGCUCAGCAAGUGACAGUAAAGUUCUGGACAAGAGCUUGGCCCAAACACCAAAACACACUGUACAGGUGUUUGAUGACCAUGGGCAGGACGUCACUCCUCACCCAUUAUUUAUUCCAGAUCCUGGGGUUUUACAACCUAAACAAGGAAAGAUAUUCCCUGCACAUGACACAUCAUGGACUACCGUGACAGACUUUCCCUCGAUAGCCUUCCAGACCACCAACGCAAGCUUUACUGGACCAUUUACAAAGUCUUUUUUCGGGAGUGUUUCAGCAUCCAGAACAAGCCAGACAACAGAAUCAGUGACUGAUGAAACUAAAGACUUGUUAGUGAAACCAGACUUGUCCAGUAGUCUUUCAGAUGUUCAGGCUCGCAGAGAGGAGGUGAAAGAGCAGGUCAGGGAGGACAUUAUAGACAGGGUGGUGGAUUCUUACCUGACUGAGACGGAGACCAUCUGGCUGCUGGACAUUCCUGCUGUGUCUGUGUCAGAAGAUUCAGAGGACGCUGAAGCUAUCAAGGAGAGAAACCAAGCUUACACAGAACUGUGCAAAAGCAGACUGGGCAAUGAUAAGUAUGUGGAGCGAUCAAUGCAAACAUUCAAUGAUGCGCCAAAGACGAAGGAGGUCCAAAGUGAUAGCAUUACAAUGGUAGACAAAGCUGUCAUGUCCACCACCUGGUACAUGUAUGAUUCAUUCUGCAAUAAAGGUGAUGUCAGUGAAAACAUUGUGGUGUCUGCUGAAGGAAAUAAGGCGAUUGUCCCAGACUCCUCCUCAAUGAGUCCCCUCUUGAACCCUAGUGGUCCUGACCAGAGCAUGUCUGUGUUCAGCACCAUCAGCACAGUCAGUGGCUCAAGUGCUUAUCUUGAAAAGAUGACUUGUGUGCUUCCGGUGGAGGAAGAGCCAGACCUUGAGCUGAUCUUACAGUCGGACAAGUUCAAGCAGGAUCUGGCCGUGAUGGAAAGAGUGGUUCUGGCCAAUAUCUUCCAGCCCAAGCUUGCUGCAUACAGACAGCUGCCUGUAAUAGAGGACCCAGACUGUGUGGAGGCACAAACAGAGGAGGAAAGCUGGACAGAGCAGUCUAAAAACCCCCUCAGCCCAUUUCUUGAGCAUCUCUGGGUCUUCAAGUGUGAACUCACCGAGGGACGAAAUGUUAGCUGUAUGACCUGGAACAAGAAAAACCCAGAUCUUCUUGCUGUGGGAUAUGGAGAGCUUGAUUUCAAGGAUCAGAAACCUGGCCUUGUGUGCUGCUGGUCUUUGAAGAACCCCACGUGGCCUGAUCGAAUCUUUCAUUGUGAGAGUGGAAUCACUGCACUGGAUUUCUCAGCUUGUAAUCCCAGUCAGUUGGCAGUAGGAAUGUAUGAUGGCACCAUUGCCAUCUAUAAUGUGCAGACCACAGAACAAACUCCCAUCAUUGACAGCAGUGACUGCGCCAACAUGCACGCGUGUCCGGUGUGGCAGCUCAGAUGGGUUGAUCAUGACACAGGUCUGGCUGGAGAGGAUCAAGGGGAAAUGCUCAUCUCUGUUUCAGGUGAUGGAAGAAUCAGCAAAUGGAUCCACUACAAAGGCCUGGAAUGUGUUGAUCUGAUGAAACUAAAGUCGCCUAACAUGAUAGUCAACAAGCAGCGCUGGAACCCGAAGAUCUUAUCCCUGGCUCCGGGGCUGUGCUUCGAUUUCCAUCCUAAUGAUUCAAAAAUCUACCUGGCUGGAACGGAGGAGGGUCAUAUUCACAAGUGCUCUUAUUCAUACAACGAGCAAUUCUUGGAAACGUACAAAGCCCACACAGGUCCGGUAUACAAGGUUACAUGGUCCCCAUUCUGUCCAGACGUUUUCCUAAGCUGUUCUUCAGAUUGGACUAUUUAUCUGUGGAGACAGGACCUUACCAAGCCCGUGCUGGGUUUCACCGCUGGUCAGAAGGUUGUGUUUGAUAUCAAGUGGUCCCCACACUGUGCUACUGUCUUUGGAGCUGUCCGUGAGGGCAAGGUGGAGAUCUGGGACCUGAGAGUCAGCAGUCUGGACCCGACGAUUGCGAGCGUGACCAGUCCAGGAGUGAAUCCGACGGCUCUGCUGUUCACCCCGGAGACAGACUGUGUUCUGGUGGGGGACAGUGAGGGGCAGGUCACUGUGUACAAGCUGAAGAACCUCCCUGCUGGAGACAGCACACAGGUGGAGGCGUUGGAGGAUGUAAUUCGGACCACACUGUCCAGUCAACACACAUUAGGAAAGACUGACAGAGAUGCAUAGGAGGGUCAGGCUGUUUGUCUUUCCCGCUCCAUCAUCAUCAUUUAUAUUCUCUGCCAGACUGAGCGACUCUGCCUGUUGCACACUGCUUGUUUGUGCUUCUUUGUAGGAAUAAAAAUACUCCUACAAAACAUUGAGAAAUCUUUUUUUGGUAAAAGUUAACAAUAUUAUGGUGUGGUGAAUUAUUUUUGAUUUUGAUUUGGUGAAUGUUUUUGUUAAGCCUUUGGUCAUUAUGAGUACAUUUACAUUUAGUCAUUUAGCAGACACUUUUAUCCAAAGCAUCUUACCAAUGAGGACAAUGGAAGCAAUCAAAAUCAACA